GGAGUUUAGUCGGUGCCGGUCGGUCCCGAGAGCCGUUCAUAUUCUGCGGGACACAAAAAUCUAAAAUGGCAAGAGACAUGUACAUUUGAUAGGGUAGUCCACUCGACAAAUGAGAAAACCGAUUCGGUUUUAGCACAACACACGAUAAUGAGCGAGUGAAAACGAGAAAAAAGAGAGGGGGAGAGAGAGGGAGAGAGAGAAUCGCGAUGAACGAACAGAUAUCGAUGCAACAUCAGUCGCGUAUCUUCUGAGCGGGAGAAAGGGGUGCGAUCCUACCCUCUUCUCGCGUACGGUAAAAUCGCCGAGAGAAGAGUAGCAGAUCGAGAGUGGACUACUAGUUGUGCUGUGUGACGGAAGUUACGCGCUUUCGACGGUAUGUCCGUGAUGAGUUACAACGCUAGAUAAAGGUGGGACCGAAGGAACAAGCAUCUUAUCUUGAAGCAGCGGAAGACGGAAAUAUGGGAAAAGGGGAUAAGAGAGGUGUUACACAGCGCAGUGAUGCUAGUACCAAUCUCGUAGGCAAGUUCACACAGAGUGUGCGGAGAAUCGUCCAAGACGUGAAGGACGAGGGUACUUCUAGUGGGCAAACGAAGGAGGAAGUGAUCGAGACGAAUGAGAGGCUGAGAGUCGUAAGGAUACGUUUGGAUGGUAGCUACGACACCGCCAAGAGGGCCCUCGUCGAACUGAUGUGCAAGUACACCGACAGUAAGCAAGUGCGCAACGUGUUUCAGCGUUAUAACCUCCUCAAAAAUAUGAUUAAGGAUGUAAUUAAGCUGGAGACGCAAUAUUGGACGCUGGUAGAUAUACCGAGACAGGAGAAGCAGGAGACUGUGCCCGCCUUCGUGUUGCGUGCUUGUUCCAUCAUGGAGAAGACUCACAAAAGCGGUGAAGGCGUGAAAACUUCGGCGCGUCUCGCCGAGGAGGCCGAGACUAAGAGAGAACGCAUCGAAAGACUAGAGAAUAUGACGACGGCGCAAAUUGAAGCUGAGAAUACCCAGAUGACCAAUGAUCUGUAUAGAUUGCUGAAGAAAUACACGGGUCUUAGGAAUCUCAUCAAAGUAUUAAAAGAGGAGUACAACGGCUCAAAGUUGUAUCCAAUGUUCCCGCGUUACACGAUACUGAAGGAUAUGAUAAAGGAUAUAAUGCACAACCCGGACUAUAUGGAAGUCUGUCACGAGGUGGACCAAGCAUAG